GAAUGCCAGCGGACGAUGGCGCGGAGGGUUCCGCCGCUGGCGGGCGACGGGAGGCUGAGGGCGGGGCGCGGGCGCGACACCGCCCCCAGGCGGGCGGAGCCACCGCCGCCCCCGCCCCGUCCCUGUCCCCCGUCGGCGGCGCGGCGCGGGGCGGGCGGCGCUCCCCGCCAGCGCAGCGGCAUGAAGGAGUCGUCGCUGCCCGGUACCUCGCUGCAGCGGGCCUGCUGCUUCCUCGUCGCUUUCUGCGCCCUCCACCUCUCGGCCACGCUGCUCUACUACCUGGCGGGCAACGCCUUGGGGCGGAUGGGCAAACCCGAGCCCCCGCCGCGCCGCGCGCCGCCCUCCAACCUCUCGUUGUCUCCCGCCGCCCGGCCGUCGGGCCUCUGCCCCGAGCCGUCCCCGCUGCUCGUUGGUGCGCUACAUGUGGAGUUUUCCCGGCCUGUGAACCUGGAAGAAGUGGCGAGAAUAAACCCAGAGGUCAAACCAGGAGGUCGUUUUGCUCCGAAGGACUGUAUAGCAGUUCAGAAAGUAGCAAUAAUCAUACCAUUCAGGAACCGAGAGGAGCACCUGAAGUACUGGCUUUAUUACCUACACCCAAUUCUCCAAAGGCAGCAACUAGAUUACGGAGUAUAUGUUAUCAAUCAGGAUGGAGAAGAAGAAUUUAACCGUGCUAAACUGCUGAAUAUAGGAUUCACAGAGGCUUUGAAAGAGUAUGACUACGAUUGCUUCGUGUUUAGUGACGUAGACCUCAUCCCAAUGGAUGACAGGAAUACCUACAAAUGUUACAGCCAGCCACGGCACCUCUCUGUAUCCAUGGAUAAAUUUGGAUUUCGGUUGCCUUACAACCAGUAUUUCGGAGGUGUGUCUGCCUUGAGCAAAGAGCAGUUCAGAAAGAUCAACGGGUUCCCAAACAAUUACUGGGGCUGGGGUGGUGAAGAUGAUGACAUUUAUAACAGGCUGGUGUUUAAAGGCAUGGGGAUAUCGCGUCCGGAUGCUGUCAUUGGGAAGUGCAGAAUGAUCCGUCAUUCCCGGGACCGCAAGAACGAACCCAACCCCGAAAGGUUUGACCGAAUUGCUCACACAAGGGAGACAAUGAGCUCUGAUGGCUUAAAUACAUUAUUCUACAAGGUGUUAAGAACUGACAAGUACCCUCUGUAUACAAAGAUCACAGUGGAUAUUGGCUCCCCAAAGAGCUAACAUCACAGACUCAAGAGAGACCUUGCCUAUGUUGCCCAGGACACUUGGCCUCACUGAUGCUUUAUAUCUGCUGGUUUUGUAACAGUUGCAAUGAACAAAAAAUAAGGGCCUCUUUUGGCAUGCCAAAGCGUCUUCAAAUUGUUUGGACAAGUGCUUUUUUUUUCAUUCCAAACUUGACUUUACACAACUUUCUAGCUCUCCAUUGUUUUGUAAGUCCACAAGCUGUACAUAAGAGUUGUAAAUAUUUAAUUUGCCAGAAAAUGUUGAAUCUGAUCUAUUUGCUGCAGUGCUCCCCAUGUUGAGUUAAUUGCUGGACCUAGAUUUUACUGAUUACAACUGUGAUGCAUCAGCAAUUACUGCCCAUUUUAUGUUGAUAUUUUAAAUGAGGUGGAUGAAACAUUCCUUUUAAUUCAUUCCUGGUUUUACUUUAUGAAGGACUUUAAAAUGCUGCUAGAAUUGUAUACGUUUACGCUUUGCGUUAGUGUUUUGUUUUUUGUUUUUUUUUAAUGGAGACAAUAUCUUUUCUUUUUUUCCUCAUAGUGACCAAAAUAGACAUCUUCUCUGUGUGCAGAGCAAGUGUUGAACAAUCAAGUCUGGAUUCAAUGACUGUCAUUAUUAUUUUUAGUCUCAAAGGCGGCUUUGAGUGAGUUGAGCCAGAGUUAGCCAGAAUUUGCCAGUGUGCUCCCUGCGUGAGGUGGGAGCUACACAGAUGGCAUCUAGAAAAACCACUGGCUUCAGAUAACCUUACAUCUGGAUAUAAUAGUGACUUUUUGCCUCAGCACAACACCAACCUGUUUUGUUUGGUUUUUUGUUGUUGUUGUUUGUUUGUUUUGGGGGGGGGAGUAGGGGAGUGGAGGUGAGGUGUUUUGUUGUUGUUUUUUUUUUUGGAAACAAAGAUGAAUUUAUUUAAUUGCAUGAUGAAAUUAUGGCCUUAAAAUGUGCUGACACUUGUUAACGGUGGUAGAAAGUUACUAUGCUAUUUAAACAUUGUCUGAAGCUUCCUAAGAACAUUUUUUUUCUUGCAAAGUCAUGCAUAAAACUUGAAUUCACAUAUUACUUUUGUUGUUGUAACAUUUUAAUAACUUUUAAAAGUAAUUUGUAUAUCAUCAUCAGUAUAUUUAAUACCAGAUUAAACUAGGGUGCAGCAUAAUAGAAUAUGAUUCAAGGCAUCCUUUAUCUUCAGACCGGUAGGCUUUUUAUGUGCAUCAUUAUAUAUAAGCCAUGUAUUAUAUUUGCUCUGCAUAUUUGUUCAUGAAGUCUCCUGCGGUGCUGAGGUAUUCACAGCAGGGCUGACACCUAAUCUAUUUGUCUUCACCUAAAGGCUGUUAAAAUACAUGUCCUCUGUCGGGAAACUCCUUUCUGAUUUUCUCGGGCUUUAAGGGACAUGCACGUUUUGGAGUACUACUUUUUGUCAGUGCACCAGAGCACUCACUACCUGUAUGUACAGACACCCGUCUUUUCCUUCCAGUGACCAUACGAACACCUCAAGUGCUGACACCCUCAGAGCUGGUUUAAGCGAUUAAAGCUCUCAGCCAGAUCUAAGAACUUAAUUCCUUCUGGGAAGUACUUUGCCACCAGCUCUGACCACAGCAAUUUGCACUUCCUUGGCCUGUGCUGAAGGCUGUUGAAAUCAGGGACACUGCUCCUGUUAUUGGGGAUCAUCUUCAGCACUGCCUCUUUUCUUUUUUUUCUCGCCCCCCUCCCUUUCUUUUUUUGUGGGUGGGUUUUUUGUUUUGGGUUUUGUUUUGGUGUUUUUGGGGUUUUUUUUGUUGAUUGGUUGGUUUGGGCUUGGGUUUUUUUUUGUUUGGCUUUGUGUUUCUUUUUGUUUUGUUUUGUUUUCUGUUGCUGAGACCUGAAGGUUUUGCUGAACCCUUGCGCUGCAGGGGUGGGAUCCUGCAGGGGCCGGGGCGACAGUGCGUUUCUUCUUAGGCCAGCAGUGGCUCAAACUAUGCACGGAGAUGUUAAUUAAUAGGGAGACAUCUAGCUGACUUUUCAGUCUCACUUCCAAAAAGUGUUCCACCUCCUUCACUUAAAAGGUGUUGCUAUCCAAACGUGCUGGUCCAGUCGUGCUGGGGGCCAGUGAAGUUGGGCUUGCAUGGAGCAUGAGCGAAACACAGGGAAGCAGCCUUGUGUCUAAGAGCUGCUUUCUUGGGCUUCUUGUUGCAUAAAAAUAUUGCACGUUUUUGGCAGGUCAAGCUCCAGCUCUUAGAUGCUAAGGGGUACAAUAAUUUUUUCAAAGGUGCCUUAGAAGCAGGGCUCCACUCCUACAGGUGGCAGAUCGGCAUCAAAACCCAUUGAGGCUCCACUGAAAUCCCAGCUCUUUGCAGAGAGCACCUGGCUAUUGUGCUGAGCCUUUUAUAAGUUGAAGAAUUGGGACCUUCAGCUAUAGCAGUGUCUGUCUGCUAACAGGCUAUGCAAAGGGGCUACCUGUUGUAAUUGAUUUGUUGUUUGGUUUGGGGGUUUUAAAAAUUUUUUGUCUGUUUGUGUGUUCGGGGUGUUUUUUUGUUUUGUUUUUUUUUUUUUAAAACUUGCCUUAGGAUUCUCUGAAGAUUAGAAAAACUUUAGUGUAACAACUCAUUAUCUCGCUGUACGCCGAAAUCAUUGAAUGUCAUGGAGGUGGUGUGAAUGCUUGUUUCUGGCUCUUGCAAUCAAAGGUUUCUACAUAGGUGCCUUGAAAGAGGGUAGAAGUGGAAACUGGAAAACCAGGAAACCUGAAAAACAUUUUCAGCAGAGAGAUGUUAGCGGUGCAAGAAGCUGCCGCUUAGUUUCUCUUCCACUGCUAAAGCCACAAGCCAUGUGAAAGACGAAGCUGCCUUUCGUCACUUUUUUCACCCUUCGGUGCUGACCUGUGAUUUCCACAUCUCUUUGUCCCUGUGUAAACUGUGUUGGUUGAACUCACAAAAUGCCCUUGACUCAACCUGGCCAUGAAAUUUCUCUCCCUGGGAUUUUUGGGGGCCUUUUACACAAACGCUCAUGUUGCACAGAAGUGAAUUCUGGCCAUGACCUGUGGUUGGUGGUGGUUUUUCCUCUGCCGUACCAGUAGGAACAUUCAAAAUGAUACUGUGUGCGUAAUGGUUGAAACCCAGGACAAAUGGCUGCAUAGGAAAUGCUAGUGCUCGCUUUCUUUGGGAUUACUGUUUGCUUGUUAGGAUGAGGGAGGGUCCUGGCAUGCAGCUUUUUCCCUUGGAUGUUCCUUGUGUACUGGUCUUGUGCGUUUCCUGUAGAUGAUUUUGCUUUUGCAUUUUUAUCGUUUAUAUAUCAACGGGUGUAUAAUCCAAUGUCCCUACUUUGCUAUUGAUGUCAAAUAAAGUAUUUUCAGUUA